UGUAAACCAGCCCCGGGGCUGCUGAACCUUUGGAGUUUGAUAUGAUGAUUAGGGAAUAACCGGAGUGACACGUCGCAAACUCUCCAUAAUCAAGGAGACCUUUUCCCCGGGCGGCGAUCUCCAAAAUCGCUCAGUGAGCACCCCUAAUUAACCUGAUUUUUUGCUGAUAAUCACUCACAAUGGAAUCAAAUCACAAAUCCGGGGAUGGAUUGACCGGCACACAGAAAGAAGCCGCCCUCCGUGCAUUAAUUCAGCGAACGGGAUAUAAUUUGAUCCAGGAAAAUGGGCAGAGGAAAUAUGGAGGCCCACCACCCGGCUGGGAUGGCCCUCCGCCGGAAAGGGGGUGCGAGAUCUUUAUUGGGAAACUUCCCCGAGACCUCUUUGAAGAUGAACUUAUACCACUGUGUGAAAAAAUUGGCAAAAUCUACGAAAUGAGGAUGAUGAUGGACUUCAAUGGCAACAACAGGGGCUACGCCUUUGUGACCUUCUCGAAUAAACAGGAGGCGAAGAACGCAAUAAAGCAACUCAAUAAUUAUGAAAUCAGAAAUGGGCGUCUCCUCGGAGUCUGUGCCAGCGUGGACAACUGCCGCCUGUUUGUGGGAGGGAUCCCCAAAACAAAGAAGAGGGAGGAAAUUUUAGCAGAGAUGAAGAAAGUCACGGAUGGCGUUGUGGAUGUCAUUGUCUAUCCUAGCGCGGCUGAUAAAACCAAAAACCGGGGUUUUGCUUUUGUGGAAUAUGAAAGCCAUCGGGCAGCAGCAAUGGCCAGGAGAAAAUUGCUCCCAGGAAGGAUCCAGUUGUGGGGACACCCUAUCGCUGUUGACUGGGCAGAACCAGAAGUGGAGGUGGACGAAGACACCAUGUCGUCGGUAAAAAUUCUCUACGUGAGGAACCUCAUGCUCUCAACCACUGAAGAGACCAUAGAAAAGGAGUUCAACAUCAAACCAGGUGCGGUGGAGAGAGUAAAGAAAAUCAGAGACUACGCCUUUGUGCACUUUAACAAAAGAGAAGAUGCGGUUGAAGCUAUGAAAGCCUUGAAUGGAAAGGUGCUGGAUGGGUCCCCGAUCGAGGUGACGUUAGCCAAACCUGUCGACAAAGACAGCUACGUCAGAUACACCCGAGGCACAGGCGGCAGAGGUACCAUGCUGCAAGGAGAAUACACUUACGCCUUCGGACACAUGUACGACCCUGCUACCGCCUACCUGGGCGCCCCGGUUUUCUACGCGCCGCAAGCCUACACGGCUAUCCCCAACCUCCACUUCCCUGCCACCAAGGGGCUCAGCAACAGGAGCAUCAUCCGGCCCCCGUCCAUCCGAGAAAUUUACAUGAAUGUACCUGUAGGGGCUGCGGGAGUUAGAGGACUGGGAGGUCGUGGCUACCUGGCGUACACGGGCCUGGGGCGCGGAUACCAGCUCAAAGGAGAAAAGAGGGGAGAGGAUAAACUCUACGACCUCUUGCCAGGAAUGGAGCUCACGCCGAUGAACCACGUCACGCUAAAGCCCCAAGGGAUUAAACUUGCUCCUCAGAUCUUAGAAGAAAUCUGCCAGAAAAACAACUGGGGCCAGCCUGUUUACCAGCUCCACUCUGCAAUCGGCCAAGACCAAAGACAGCUCUUCCUUUACAAAAUCACCAUCCCUGCCCUCACUAGCCAGAACCCCGCCAUACAUCCCUUCACACCACCCAAGCUCAGCGCCUAUAUCGACGAAGCCAAAACCUACGCGGCAGAAUACACCCUGCAGACGCUGGGGAUCCCCACGGAGGGAGCGGAGGUGCCUCCUGCAGCACCAGCUUUUCCAGGAUAUACUAUUGCUAACGCGGCCGCGACCGUCACAGCCACUCAGCUCAAACAAGCGGUGACCAUGGGACAAGAUUUAGCGACGUACGCAGCAUACGAAGCCUACCCUGCCUUCGCGGUCGCUGCACGCAGCGAUGGCUAUGGAGCGUUUUAACAUCGAGUUUCCUUAAAUCAAGCACAAGCAGGGGGAAAAAAGAAAAAAAAAAUAUAUCUCGGUCUGGUAAUUCUUACACCCUCAUGAUUUUAAACUAAUCUGUUGCCUAAAGUUAGAUUUUUAGUCAGAGUUUCAUUCUUGUAGUUCUUUAGUUUCAUAACAGGAUAUUGGCGGGGGGGGGCGGGAGAAAUUAGAAAAAUAAAAUUGCUCAAAAAUCAGAUUUUCGCACUAGAAAGCAAAAUCUCAGCCCAGAAAAUGAGUGGUUCUCCGGUGUGUGUGUAUACACAUGUAUAUAUAAAUAUAUAUAUAUAUAUAUAUAUGUAAGUAUAUGCACAUACACCCCAUUGUGUGAGUGUUUACAGGCAACAACCUGUGCUGAAACCAGCUGGUCCCAUGGACAGUGUGGCGUGGGACCGGGGAAGGAUGGCGUGUCUCCGUGCCUCGGGAGUUCUCCUCCCCUCGCCCCAAAACUUCUCCAGCCAGGCAGAGCAGCGGGUAAAAGGAAAGGCUUUUACGUUCACGCUGGCACAGCCCAAGAAAAAAAACCCAGACGUUUAUCAUGAACGCGUGUGCCCAGCCUAACGGGCUAGUUUGCGUGCUCUCCAACGCUAAUUUGAUUUUUAAAGCAGGAGGCAAGCAUUCAGCAGAGUUUUCCCUCCUACUUUGCUGCUUGCCAGCAAUACCUACAAGUCACAAACCAUCAAAAACCAGUGAGGGUGUUUUUUUGUUUGGUUUUUUUUUUUCAGUUCGCAUCAAAUGGCACAUUCAGUGAAAGAUAGGAAAACUUUUAGGACUAUUAAGGACCAGAAAAGUGCUAUUCAUUAGGGCCAAUUCUCUACUUAAUUAGAGCACAGGAGCUCACAGCCAUGGCCCAGUAAUAACAGGCACCUCUACAGGAAUAAAAUUAUGUACAAGGAACCUUUUUGACAGGAUGGAAAGAGCCCUGCCUGGCUGUCAACGCUGCUUUACACAUUCAAGCAAGGCUGCUGACUGCUGCGAUCCUUGCAAAAAUUAAUUAGCAGAAGAGGAUUCACGUCAACAGUAAAGGUGCCUCUUGUUUUGGAGAGCGCUGGCGUUGGUGCUGUGUUUGAACCCUCUGGGGAUGCUGAGAGCAUCCUUCGGUUUGCAGCGGGAGGGCAUCAGCCAGUUGUUUUUGCCAUCGGAUUGAGGCAGGAGUAAUGAUGCUCUAGAGAGAGAGCAGAAACCCAGCGCUGGAUAACUACAGCAGACAUGUUAAUCCUAUAUAACAUAUCCUAUACGGUAAUGCACACUGAAGCAACUUGAAUCUGCUCCAUCUAGGACCAAAAAAAAAAAAAAAUUGCCCUUUGGGGGGCAGAAUUUACAACCGGGUUGACGAUGCCCAUCGAUUCCAACAGACCUGGCCCCAAAUUUUUCAGCCGGUCUAGAUGAUGUAACGUGGCACCAUACAAGCCGGUUCAAGCGGAGCUUCCCCCGUGCAACCCCAAAGCUGUACAAAGCACGAUGGUCUGUGACAAGGUGUUGACUACCAGGAGCUGAGUGUUUUCUAUUCUCACGCCUCGGCUGACUCAAUUUCACUAGGAAUGGAACAAAACCCACAUAAGCUGUAUAGUCUGCGGUCCUGUUAGACCCUUUCUAUUUAUAAAAAGUAGCUCGUUAGGGUGAUCCUAAAGGUAUUACAAGCCCUCUGCGGUUGCUGUUCGGCACGCUUGGCUUCACAGAAAAUGACACGUGUUCGCAGAGGGCAAAAUAACCGAGAGUGUUAUAGGUAUCGUGGCUUUAUUUUCUCUUCUGUCUAUGUCUUUUAAGUCGUGUUCGAUUGCCAACGAGUAACAUAUCCUCUCUCUCUCUCUCUCUCUCUCUCUCUCAAAGACUACCGUUGGCAGAAAGUGUUUCUCGCUUUCCAUGUUCGGUAACUUUAGUCUGCUUUUUCAGCUAUUUAUAUAAGUUCAGGAAGAUGUCAAAGAAAAGGGCAAGAAGCAGUAUUAAAAAGUGUGCGCAUGAAGCACUUAUUUUUAUAUGCAUAGUACAAUAUUUGUAUAGAGUUUUAACACUGUGAAGUGUAGCGAAAAAAAAUCACACUAUCCAUUUACUGGAGGACAAUCAUGUAUGUUUAAACGGAACGAAGUGAAAAUGGCAUCUCAAUUGUCCAUUACGAGGAAAUUAUAACCGGGAUUAAAUUCGGUGAAGCAAGUCUGUAAUUCUAGAGUAAUCCAAGGACAUUAACUGGACUUUGAAAUAUCAUUAAAACUUUUUAAACCAA